AUGUUGGAGCCACCCAAGCCGCACCUAGCUGCCUGCAAGGGGCCCAAGACAAAGAAAACAACAACCCGCCCUGUCCCUUCCAACAAGUUCGAGUUCGUCGCCUCGGAUCCGGGUGGAAAGCCCCAUCCCGACGCCCGCAAGAUCAUCCGGAGCCAUGUCAUGCGCGGCAAGAAUAAGAAGCGUCACGACGACGACUCACAACGGAAUGAAGUGGCCCGGACGAACACGUCGGCUUCAGAAGCGCACCGCGGUGAUGCUUUGGUUCAAAUCGAGGCCUUGGCCGCUAUCGAGGCACCUCAACCCGCUGAACACGAUUCCUCGGAAGAGGUCGCUGCCCAGACGCCAUGCCCCACGGGGAUUUCUCGAGUCCCUUCUGAUCUAAGGCUCUUUAACUUUGCAGCUCCACUAGAUGAGGUGUCUCGGCAUAUGAUCUUUAUGUUCUUGACCACCGUUAAAGAGACCAUGUACCCUGUCGAAUGGUGUUGCCAACGCGACCACACAAAAGUCUGCUGGUUCCGAUGGCUGCUCGAAGACCCCGCCUACCUUCAAUCCGUGCUGUUCAUGGUCAGCGCAUUCCAAGACUUCGUCGACUUGCGAGCAGCGGCCAACGGCGGCCAUGUCAACUGCUCGGGGGGCGGCUUCUCGGCACGAACGCAGAGCCGCCUUCGACAGAGCAUCCGCCUCCUCCAAGGAAAGAUUCAAGACCGCGAGACGCAAAUCGAGGACACCACCAUAUCGGUCGUCGCUACACUGGCCAUGGUGGCGGAUGCUGCUGGCGACGUGGUAGGGUUCAAAGCGCAUGCCCGAGGACUCAGCGAUAUGGUCAGGAUGCGUGGGGGUUUGGCAUCGCUUGACCACAACCGGCAGCUACAAAUCAAACUCUGCCAGGUCGAUCUCGGGUGGUCCAUCACAAGUGGUAGCAAGCCCAACUUAUACGACGACAAGCUAUCAUGGGAGCCAAUCCUCGAACUGACGAUGCGACGAAAUUCUAUACCCUACAACCGACCACCGCCCUCGGGAAUUCAGAGCGCCGUCGAGCGGUGCGACUACAGACUUCAGCACGUCUUCACAGACCUUUAUGGAUUUUCGAACAUGGCCAACUCGCUCGUCCCCGGCCACGAGAAACUCAGACCCGAGUUGUUCCAGGAAAUAAUGCUUUCCAUCCAGUACCGACUGCUGCUCCUCGAAUACCCAGUAGAUGUGUAUCCUCUGGAGGAAACGAUCCGCAUUGGCCUCCUCGCCUUCGAGUCCACGCUCUUCCUACACUCACCCAAACUCGGGUUGAAACUGAAAUCAGAGAGAUUCUACCGCCAACUGCGCCAAUGUAUUGAGGAAAUACACAUCGAUAGUCCGGAAAUUGCCGAUCUCAAACUCUGGCUCCUUCUCGUGGGGUCUGUCAUCGUCUUCAAGGGCAACGAGACCUGGUUGGCAGAGUCCAUUGAUGCGUUGGUUGGGGACCAGGCCUGGAGCGAAGUUCGAAAGCGGGUCAAAGGGGUCAUGUGGAUUGACAUUAUUCACGAUGACCCGGGGAAGCUUGCUUUUGCAACGGCAACUCAAGGCCGAGUGAUGUGA